UUAGUCAACUUGAGAAAUGGGAACUGUAUACAUAUUGGCUUUAAUCUGCUGCCUUAGCUUGUUGCGCGAAGAAAAAGCUGAGGAGGUUUUUCCUGUGAGUCCGCCCAUAAGCCAGAGGAGACUCCAAAAGUUUAGCUCCUUUGGCUCGGCAGGGCAGCCUGGCAGACCUGGAUCAGGAACACCAGGCCAACCUGGUUCGGGAAUACCUGGAAGACCUGGUCGACCGGGUCAGCCAGGAGCUCCAGGCGGAUCAGGAGGAGCAGGUGGCAAUGGAGGAUCAGGUGGAAUUGGAGGAUCAGGCGGCAAUGGAGGAUCAGGUGGCAAUGGAGGAUCAGGUGGAAAUGGAGGUUCUGGUGGAAAUGGAGGAUCAGGUGGAAAUGGAGGUUCUGGUGGAAAUAGAGUAGCAAGCAAAAAUGGAGGAGCCGGUGGAAUAAUAAGAGGGAAUUCAAGGAAUGGAAAGCGGCCAGGACCUAAAAGGAUACCCUAUGAUUUUAGUUUAUUUCCCAUAUGAUUUAAAAGAUAUAUAUUAUUUUUUAAAAAGUAUUUAUUUUUUGUUGUCUGCUGGCAGCAGUUCUGGUGUACUUACCAAUGUAAAAACCAAUUACCUAAACCAAUUUGUCAAAGCUUUAACUCGACUUUUGUAAGUACCUUAAAAAAUGUGGGUUUUAAUAAACAAACUUUCGCUUUACACAAACUGUAAAGAAGAAUAACAAGGAAUAAAA